GCGAGCGGGCGGUGGGGUGUGGCUGGAGGAUCGCAGGUCGGUGCGGUUGGAGGGACCCCAAAGACCACCUAGCCCCAGCGCCUGCCGUGGCAGGGGCGCCUCCCACCGGACCGGGCUGCCCAAAGCCCCAUCCAUCCCUCACGCAGCUCGGGUCUGUCCCAGCUGCUCCAGCCCGUGUCACAGCGUUGUGAGGGUACCCAGACUCGGCAUCAGCAUCUGCCGCUUCAUCAGGAGCACCACAGUUCGCUUCCACACACAGGGCUUACAGAGUCAAGAUGAUAGAUAUGCUUUCACUGCUGAAUGGUAUGACCCAAAUGCUUCACUCUUUCGGCGUUAUGAGCUUCUCUAUUAUCCAAAGGAUGGAUCAGUUGAAAUGUAUGAUGUGAAGAACCAUCGCACCUUUCUGAAGCGCACCAAGUAUGAAAGCUUACACCUUGAGGAUUUAUUUGUGGGCAAUAAAAUUACAGUUUUUUCUCGUCAUCUUUCCUUAGUGGACUAUGGAGAUCAAUAUACAGCACGCAAGCUGGGGAGCCGCAAAGAGAGAACGCUGGCUUUGAUUAAACCUGAUGCAACACCCAAGAUUGGAGAGUUAGUAGAUAUCAUUAUUAAUGCGGGAUUUACAAUAACUAAGGCCAAAAUGAUGAUGCUUUCAAGAAAAGAAGCGGUGGAUUUCUAUGUAGACCAUCAAUCAAAACCUUUUUAUAAUGAGCUUCUCCAUUUUAUAACGAGUGGUCCCAUUGUUGCUAUGGAAAUCUUGGGAGAUGAUGCAGUUUGUAAGUGGAAAACAUUACUGGGGCCUGCAAACUCUGCAGUGGCUAGAACUGAUGAACCAGACAGCAUCAGAGCAAACUUCGGACAUGAUGGCAUAAGAAAUGCAGCUCAUGGCCCAGAUUCAGUUGCUUCAGCUGCACAAGAGCUGGAGUUGUUCUUUCCCUCCAGUGGAGGUCGUGGACCAGUCAACAGUGCAAAAUUCACAAACUGUACUUGUUGCAUUAUUAAGCCUCACGCAGUUAAUGAAGGGCUUGCUGGAAAGAUUAUAAAAGCCAUCAUUAACGAAGGAUUUCAGAUCUCAGCUUUACAGAUGUUCAACAUGGAGCGUGCAAAUGUGGAGGAAUUUUAUGAGAUUUACAAAGGUGUUGUUGCUGAAUAUAUGGAAAUGGUUACAGAGUUGUGUUCAGGCCCUUGCAUAGCAAUGGAGAUUAUACAGCCUGAACCUCCAAAAACGUUCAGAGACUUCUGUGGUCCUUCUGAUCCUGAAAUAGCCCGUCAUCUCCGACCUGGAACUCUGCGUGCUCUCUUUGGGAAGAACAAGAUUCAGAAUGCUGUCCACUGCACGGACCUACCUGAAGAUGGACUUCUGGAGGUGCAGUACUUCUUCAAGAUUCUGGACAACUGAGAGCCUCUACCCCCACCCAAAGCAAAAGACGUGGACACCAAGCGGUGUGUUCAUUCAUUUAUUUGUCCAAUGUUUCAACCUGACUGAAAUACAAGAUCAACAAGAGCACUGUACUCCUGGCUAUUAUUACAUGUUAGAACAUAGAGUUUUGCACUUUAGACAACAUUUAACACCAUUCUAUGGGGUACUGCAUUGCUUUUAUAAAGUUUAAAAUAAAGAUUUAUUUUCAAACAUG